CUUUUCUAUUGGAAGCUCACGAACAAGCAGCAACCGCAGGGGUGAUUUCAUUAUUCCUAUCACAAUUCUCUUAGCCGCAGCAGUAAAGAUUCCAUUUUUUUCCUUAUCAAUUAGCCGCAGCAGAGUUUAUUUCCAUUCUUGCGUUCUGUCCUUGGUGAAUCAGCCGCACCAGCAAGAAAGAAUAUCAGAACUGUUUCUAAGCUGCACUCUAUCAAUUUUCUCCAAGUUAAUUUAGAAUCCAAACAUUCAUUUUUGUUCUUGUCGUUCAAAGCAGGCAUUAUUGCAUUUGUGUGUGCUCUUAUAAUACCAGGACUUAGUAACUUAUGGAUUUUGGAAACACUAACCCCAAGACAAGAUGCCAAGCUUCUCAGAUCAGAGUGGUCAUGUUGCUCUUUGGAAUGGCACAUAUCUGUUCUAUGUCAAUUGAUUUUGCCAACUGUCUUAAUGCAAACAUUGUGGGUACAGAUUCAUGUGAGUUUGGUUCUGUGCUCUCAACAAAUGAGUGUUCAUCUUCAGAAUCGCCAUCACCUUUAUCUGCUUCACCUGCAAUGCCUUUCUCAAUAGGCAUCAUCUCUUCUGGAAGAAUACAAAAAGAACCUGCUGCUCUCAUCUUAAGUCCAAAUUCGCUGGAAAAGAUGUGCACAAAGGCUGAUAUUCUUUGUUGUUUUGGUGGGGAAGAUCUGUGGAAAGGCUGAUUUUUGUUUUGCUAUUUUGGAGGGAAGUGUAAAAAUAGCUAGCCUUUUGUAUGAGGAAGUGGUCCAGCCCAGCUGGUCGCCGACUCACUCUCCCUUAUGGGAGGUCCCGAGUUCAAUUCUCAGUGGAGUGAGAUUGAUCCCAGUUUACCUCAGGCCCCCGAACCCCGACGCCCCAUGGGGUAAAAAAAAGAAAAAAAAUGAUUGAGUUUAAAAAAAACUAGCCUUUUGUAUUUAUAACAAGUGUUGUAGGGCCUUAGUAGGAGUAGGCCCUCAUGCUUGAUUGGACGCAUGCCACUCUCUUUCCUUUGAAU